AUGCUGUGCUUGGAGACACCGUCAACCAUCAAAACUCUAGGACUGAUCUGGGAACCAUCCACGGAUCUGCUCCACUAUUCCGUUCCAAAAUGGUCACAAACGGACGGUAUUACGAGGCGUACUGUGUUAUCGGACACGGCAAAACUCUUCGACCCUAUAGGGUUGAUUGGUCCUGUAGUGGUCAUGGCGAAAAUCUUCGUGCAAUCUCUCUGGCGAACUUCGAGCUCUUGGGACGAUCCUCUCAACGACAGCCAACAGGAGUACUGGCUGGUAUUCCGCAGCAGUCUGGAAGCGCUGUCGUCAAUUUCCAUUCCUCGUUGGGCAGCAUUCGCCAACGCGCCGGUGAACGUGGAACUGCAUGGUUUCUGCGAUGCGUCGAUCCGUGCCUACGGUGCAUGCCUCUACAUCAGAACCGUCUCCAGUGACGGUAGCAUCUCUGUUCGCCUCUUGACUGCCAAAUCGAAGGUUGCCCCGCUCGGAGAUUCGAAAAGGCAGAAAAAGGUCAGCCUACCACGUCUAGAACUAUCAGCGGCUCUACUCUUGGGCCACCUUUACCACAAGGUCAACACUAGCAUCUCUCUGAACACUCGAUCAUUCUUCUGGUCGGAUUCCACGAUAACGCUCCACUGGAUCAACUCGAUUCCUUCAAGAUGGAAAACUUUUGUUGCGAAUCGGGUUUCCGAAGUUCAACACCUGACUGCUACUGGUGUAUGGGCUCAUGUUUCGGGCUUGGAAAACCCCGCGGAUAUAAUCUCCCGUGGGAUGGAACCGAGCCAGCUAGAGAAUUCGAACUGGUGGACCGGACCUUCAUGGUUGAAGCAGCCGUCACGUUUCUGGCCUCCUGUAAUCCAAGCUGACCCGCCGGAGAUUCCCGCCGAAGCUCUAGAGGAACGAUCAGUAUCGCUACCCAUCCGGGUCCAGGAACCAAACGAAAUCUUUCGCUUGCGUUCAUCCUUCGUUUCGAUAGUUCGGCUCAUAGCUUUGAUCCAACGUUUCGUGCACAACAUCAAGCCAGCAAACCGUGCGAACCGUAAAUCUGGAUUUCUACAGACUACCGAACUGAAUCAGUCUAUUUCGACUUUGGUGCGACUAGCACAAUCCGAAGCGUUCCCGAAUGACGUUGCUGCGCUAAGUUCCGGGGGUCAGGUGAAACCGCACUCCCCAUUGAAAAAUCUGCACCCUGUUUUGAAGGAUGGCAUUCUGCGCGUCGGUGGACGUCUUACCAACGCUCCGAUCCCGAAAGACAGAAAGCACCCGAUGAUCCUUCCCGCGCGGCAUCCGCUCACUGACAGCAUUUUGCUGCAAUACCACCUCAAACAUCUACACGCCGGGCCACAACUGCUGGUAGCAUGCGUCCGGGAGAAAUUCUGGCCACUGCGCAUCCGUAACUUGGCACGGAGAGUGGUUCACUCUUGCGUCAACUGUUUCCGCUGCAAGCCUACAGUCCUGGAGCAACUGAUGGGAGACUUGCCUCCAGAAAGAGUUACGCCAACCUUGCCUUUUCUCAACACUGGCGUUGAUCUUUGUGGACCGUUUCAAUACCGGAAAGUCCGCAAAUCCCUACCAACGAAGUGCUACAUAGCCAUAUUUGUAUGCCUCGCAACCAAGGCCAUCCACGUAGAAAUGGUCUACGAUCUUUCAACAGCCGCCUUCAUUGCGGCACUACAUCGCUUCGUCGCUCGCAGGGGUAAGCCCAACACUAUCCAUUGCGACAACGCCCAAAACUUCAAGGGAGCUGCUCGAGAAUUGGCUGAACUGGCCAAGCAAUUUCGGUCGCAGCAGCAUCAGGCGGCGGUUGUGAACAACUGUGCAAACGAUGGAAUCCUCUUCAAAUUCAUCCCUCCCCGCAGUCCAAACUUCGGUGGGCUGUGGGAAGCAGCGGUGAAAUCAUUCAAGCAGCAUUUCCGUGCGACUGUUGGCAAUUCCGUUCUGUCGCAGGACGAGUUCGUUACGCUGCUAGCCCGCAUCGAAGCCUGCUUGAACUCCAGACCACUCACCCCAAUCUCAACAGACCCGAACGACCUGAAAGUGUUGACUCCGGGCCAUUUUUUGGUUCACCGUCCCCUCACAUCCUUCACUGAGCCUGAGCUAUCGGAAGUCCCUCGGAAUCGUCUCGAUCGUUGGCAGGAGAAUCAAGAGCUCCUUCGACGGGUAUGGAAGCGCUGGUCUACGGACUACUUGUCCGGCCUGCAUCCGCGCACGAAGUGGACACAGCUCCGGAACAACAUCGACGUGGGGACCAUGGUGCUCCUCAAGGAAGAUAACCUCCCUCCGCUAAGGUGGAGAUAUGGCAGAAUCGCUCGAAUCAUCCGAGGACUCGACGGCAACAUCAGAGUGGUCGACGUGAAGACCUCCGACGGAGAGUAUCGACGAGCCAUCUCCAAGGUGGCCAAAGUCUUGAAGAAUCGGCCAGAAACAAUUCCUCCACUGAAGGACGAAGUCGGUGGUCCGUCGGAGAAGGCAUACGCCAUCGCCACCAAGCUGGUCGAGGCGCACAACCAACACGACGACAACGAUGACGCCCCUUUCGAUGGAUAG